AUGGAUGAAAUUUGUAACGUAUUAAAGGAAUAUAUUUCACAAAGUGACACAGAAAAAAUUGAAGAAAAAGAGAUUACUACCGAAGAUAGUAAAUCUACACGACUAACACCUAGUCAUUUGGGAUCAUUCGUUUUAUCUCACAGUAAAAAAAUAAUGAACAAUUUCAUUCACGUCAUAAAUGGAUUUUAUAAACCCGAAAUAUACUAUACCGACACCGAUAGUUUGUACAUUUCAUCAAAAAAUUGGAAAAAACUAAACAGAGCUGGUUUGGUCUCCGAAAAAGACUAUUGCAAAGGUAAAAACGAUUACGGUGACGGUGGAAUUAUAUUCGGUUUAUAUUUAGCACCAAAAGUCAAAUACAACAUCGUUUUGACUUCUGAUGGUGUUUUAAAAGAAAAGAAAACGUUUAAAGGUUAUUCUAAUGAUAAGAUAAGUGUGGAAGAUUACGUUCAGUUAGCAAGCGGACAUGAUGUGUCGAACGAAUUUAAGAAACCAUGGGAAAAAAGUUUCACCAAUGGAGUAGUUAUUCCAAAUGAUAAACAAACUAAAGUUUUUAGAAGUUAUUUGAAUAAUGUUAAAAGAAAACCACCAAACAGUGAAGGAAUUAUGUAUCCUUACAACGACAAAGAUGAGUAUAGUUUUGAUGAAAACUAUGAAUUUGAUGAUUUCGACUAUCUUACUAUUCAAGACGAGAAUGAAGAUUGUUUUAAAUGA